UCGCAGCACCGCGACACGCCGACGAACAACGACGCCCUGAAGUGGGACUUCACCGAAGCGAACGCGCCGCUCGUGCGCGAGAUCUUAGAGCGGUACCCGCCAAACUACAAGCGCAGCGCGAUGAUCCCGCUGCUCGACGUGGCGCAACAGCAAAACGGCGGAUACCUCUCCGUGCAGGUCAUGAACCGCGUCGCGGAGAUUUUGGAGGUGGCGCCGAUCCGCGUGUUCGAGGUCGCGACGUUCUACUCCAUGUUCAACCGCCAGCCCGUGGGGAAGUACCACGUCAUGGUGUGCGGCACGACGCCGUGCAUGCUUCGCGGCUCGCGGGAGGUGAACGCGGCGCUGGAGCAGCACCUCGGGAUUAAAAAGUUUGAAAACACGCCGGACGGGAUGUUCACGCUGGGGGAGAUGGAGUGCAUGGGGUCGUGCGUCAACGCGCCGAUGAUCGCGGUCGCGGACUACACGAACGGCGUGGAGGGGUACACGUACAACUACUACGAGGACUUGACCCCCGCGGACGCGGUCGCGGUCGUCAAGGCGUUGAAAGCCGGGCAGAAGCCGCGCGUCGGGAGUCAGCACAGGGACAAGGCGGAGCCGAUGGGCGGGCAGCAGACGCUCACGAGCGAGCCGCCGGGGCCGUACUGCCGGGAUCUGAACAAGGCGAGGGCGGACCUGGAGGCGGCGGCGAAGGCGGCGGCGGAGGCGGCCGCCGCCGCGGAGAAGGAGAAGAAGGCGUGA